UUCGCUUUGAUGAAGCGCGCCCGCGCGCCGGCCGAUGCGCGACGCCCAUCGGUCAAUGCCUCACCGCGCCCUCGCCGUCGGCGCACGGGACCCCUUCUCUUCGCCCGCCGCGGAGGCAACGUCAAUGAGUAGGCAGCUUUUAGCCAACAAGGUUACAAAAGCACUCAAAAAAUAUUCUGGCAUGGAGAGAGUGACCUUGUUGUGCAAAAUUUGCGAGAUUUUUGCACAUGAAGUGCAGGAACUUGAAAAUAAAUCCAUUACGUUGCAAAUUUCC